AUGACUACAACGUCGUCUAACACAGCAAACAGUAUGCUUAGGGAAGACAGAAACUUUACAUUAGGGCAACACGGACCCAGCACCAAAGCAGUUCUUAAAUUAGAAGGUAAUCAACUAGAAAAGUUGUCCAAGCCGAAAUAUACGAGAAGCGCUAGAGCUGAGGCCAGAAUUAUCACCAAGAAAAAUGCCACCGCUAUACUAGAGUGCUGGUCCCUUUGCCCCUUUAGAUGGAAGAAGAACAGGUUUAAAUGUGCUUACUGUGAAGAUAAUUUCACUGAAUGCUCUGAACUUAGAGACCACGUUAGAAUAUGUUCGACACAAUAUACAGUCAAAGACAUUUACGGCAAAUUCAAGGAAAUGCCCUUGAUUAAUGUAGAUAUUACGGAAGCAAUAUGCUCUUAUUGCUCAAUGCCAGUUACAGAAGUGGCUGAAAUGAGAAAGCACGCCAUCGAACACGGUUUUGACAUAGACUUAAACCAUCCAGAUGGCGUUCUACCUUUCUCUUUAGACAAGCAAUCGUGGAGGUGUGUCAUUUGUGCGGAAAAAUUCAAUAAUUUUCUAAAACUCUAUGAACACAUGAAUGUUCACUACCAACAUUAUAUUUGUGCCAUAUGUGGCAAAGGAUAUAUGACGGCAACUAGAUUAAGGAAGCACUCGGAAGUCCAUAUAUCUGGAUCUUUUCCUUGUAAUGAAUGUGGCAGGAUCUUCAUCAUGCGAGCAUCGAGAGACUCUCACAAAGCCACUGUGCAUGCUAAAGAACCCCGAUAUGAAUGCCCGCAUUGUAAUAUGCGUUUUGAUGGCUAUUACGAUAGAAUGAAGCAUAUGAAGAAUGCACAUAGCGAGCAAGAAGUCUCUUACAAAUGUUCACAUUGCGAUUUGUCGUUCAAGACUAGCGGAAAGCGAGCGAUACACGUCCGAUCAGUACAUUUUCCACCGAAAUUGGAUUUUAGUUGUAACUUUUGUGAAUGGCAGUUCAAAACUAAUUAUGAAUUGAAGAGACACAUGGUGCGUCAUACAGGAGAAAAGAACUUCCACUGCUCAAUAUGCGGCAAAUCCUUUCCAAGAAGUAGGGCGUUGACUACCCACUUGAAGACUCACCAGGAUGUGAAUUGCAAAUGGAAAGGGUCUGUUUAUAAACAAAGGGUCCACAGGGUGCCUCAGUUGAGGAGUCAUCCGGAUUUGACUGAAUUAGUCCCGAGUGACGAUAUUAAGAUGAUAAUGAAGUUAAAGGAGAAUGUUAGUGCACGUCAGCUGCGCAGGCGCCGAAGAGCUAACAACGAGCUCCCUGAAGAAUCAGAGAAAAGAAUUUCUAAGACUAUGAUGCGGAGAAAUGCUCUGAUCCUUCUGGAAUUUUCAACCGCUUGGGCUUUCAGAUGGUUCCAUAGCGCGUUUUAUUGUGCCUACUGUGAUGUUAAAUUCGUCGAUGUACCGCUUUUAAGAUCACAUGUUAAGACUCACCACCUGCACGAAAUACCGACUAAGAGAAUUUUCUCGAAGUUAACAGAAAAUAAUAUGGUUAAAGUAGAUAUUGCGGAAUUAGGUUGUAGAUUAUGUAGCAGACUUUUAAACGGUAUUGAUUCCUUGAAGGACCACUUGCUCAUACAUGGUAAAACCUUAAACGUCAAUUACAGUGACGGUGUACUACCGUUCAAAUUGGAUGAUGAAGGAUAUACUUGCCAAAUUUGCUUUGAUCAGUUCAUUAGUUUCUCCAAAAUGAACGAACACAUGAACACGCAUUACCAAAAUUACGUUUGUGACUCUUGUGGUAAAGCUUUCGUUUCAAAACCACGAUUCAGGAAACACAUCCAAUCUCACGAAAAAGGAAAUUUUCCUUGUGGGGAUUGCGAUGAGAUUCUAGAGACUAGAGCCGCUAGAAUGUGUCAUAGAAUGAGGGUACAUAGAAAAGGCGUGCGUUAUGCAUGUCCGAGGUGUCCGGAUGUCUUCACAACGUACCACAGUAGAGCCAGACAUUUAGUAGAAAGACAUGGGCUACAAAAAAAGGAAUAUUACUGUAAUGCUUGUGAUAAAUCUUUUGAAACCAGCUCGAAACGCGCCAGCCAUGUACGUUUAACACACGCUAAUGCUGAGAAACGACAUUACUGGGCCAGCAAGGACGAUAUGAAAACAAAACCUCCAACUACAGUAGUUUGGAAGAAAAAACGAAGAAUCGUUGAAGAUAAAAAGAAUGCGGCUCUCAUUAUAACCCAUUCAAAUGCAGUUGUAUUUAGAUUUCAAAGAGGCAAAUUCAUGUGUGCUUAUUGCCCAGAAAUAUUUACCACAAUAAUAGAGCUAAGAAUGCAUUCAAAGAUUCAUGAGAACGAUAAAAUGCAGAUCUUUGAGGAAAAACCUUCUGUUAGGAACCACUUCCCUCUUAGAAUUGAUAUAACCGACUUAGCGUGUAGUAUAUGCGGACAAACUACUUUAAAAUUUGACGACUUUAAAAAGCAUUUAUUGGAAAAACACUUCAAAAGUAUGAAUCCCGAAUAUUCUGAUGGAGUUAUACCUUAUAAUUUAACUGGUAAAGAGUACAGAUGUGUCCAUUGCGACUUACUUUGCGAGAGUUUUAUGAUAAUAUUUGCUCAUAUGAACGACCAUUAUCAACAUCAUGUAUGUCCUACAUGCGGCAAAGGUUUUUCUAACCACCACAAACUUAGAGGCCACCUAAGAAUUCAUGAGUCCGGGCAAUUUCAUUGUCCAAAAUGCGAAUCCAUUUUCUUAACGCGUGCUGCCAAAAAUAGCCAUGUCUCUAUCGCGCACGGAAGGAAAGACCGAAAUAGAUGUCCAAUUUGUAAUGAACGAUUUGAUUCGUACUAUGCUAGAGUGAGACACCUAGACAGAGUUCACGGUCAAAAAGUGGAAUAUAAGUGUAACUUGUGUCCUGCCGUAUUUGGUUGUGCAAAUUUAAGGUAUACUCAUAUACAGAGAGUGCAUUUGAAAAAGAGAAGGACCGUCGAACCCAAAGUAAAAUGGCGGCCGAAGCGCAAGUUUAACGAUCAGAGAGAUAACGCAGCAAUCAUACUUGAGUAUUCCAACGCUUGUCCGUUUCGAUGGAAGAGGGGAGCGUUCACUUGCGCCUACUGUCCCCUCUCCUUUGGAGAUUUCAGUGGUAUCCGAGACCACGUUAUCGAUCAUCCCAAUAGAGUUGAAGCAAUGCGACUUGCUCGUACAUUCGCUAAUCUUAAAGUUGAAAUCACGAACCUACAAUGCGUACUAUGCCUUAAACCUAUGGACAACUUAGAUGCUCUUAUCGACCAUUUAAUAUCUAUCCACAAUAAAUCUAUAAAUAAAGAUCUAGGAUUAGGCACUACUCCUUUUCUAUUAUCCGGCAAGGAAUACAAUUGUACUCUUUGUGAUGAAAGUUUCGAACUCUUCACAAAACUCAAUACCCAUUUGAAUAAACAUUAUCCUAAUAGUAUAUGUUUCUUGUGUGGCAAAGCGUUUUCUACUGUUCAUAGAUUGAAAGCUCAUCUUGUUAUUCACGAAUCAGGCGAGACAGAACAAUAUAAAUGCACUAGAUGUACGGAAAUGUUCGCCACUAAAGCGUUAAGGAAUAGCCACGUCGUUUCUGCUCACGGCAAAGAGUACAGAUAUAGAUGCCCCUAUUGUAACGAUUGUUUUAAAAACUAUGGAGAUAGGGGCAAGCAUUUGAAAGAAUCUCACGGAAAGAACAUCGAGUAUCCAUGUAACUUGUGCUCAGCAGUUUUCGCUAUGUGCAAUCAAAGGACUAAACAUAUUCAGCAAGUUCAUAUUCGCCAUAAAACUUUCUCUUGUGAUAUUUGCCCUUACAAGUUUGUUACUGCAGCGCAGUUGAGAAAUCAUUUAGUUAAACACGGAAGAAAAACUGUAACGGAGAGACCAAAAGAAACUUUGAUAAAGCAGGAAGUGGAAUCUGAUACGGAAAAUAACAGGGAUUUGAUGACAUCCGCGAGAGCCGGCUACGAGAGACGGGCUAUCUUCAGAAAUAAUAUUGCUAUCAUCAUGGAAUCAUGUACGGCGUAUCCUUUCAAGUACAGGAAAGGAACGUACUUGUGCUUCUUUUGUAAAAGUACAUUUCUCGAGCCUGAGAAGUUAAGAGAGCACAAUCAUAUACAUCAUUCAGAAGUUAAACAACUCCUCAAACCGAGAAAGUACGAACCACUAAAAAUGGACUUCGCAACAACCAUUUGUAAAAUGUGUGAUAUUGAAAUUGAAGAUUACGCGAUGUUAAAGAUCCAUCUCACGGUGGAACAUUCCAAAAUUAUAGACUGCACCUAUGGAGACAGUGUUUUGCCUUACAAAUUAAGUAAAGAAGAACACAACUGUCAGAUAUGUGGAAAGACGUACGAAAUGUUUCUAAGUUUGCACAAACAUAUGAACGAUCAUUACGAGCAUUUCAUAUGUGAGAAAUGCGGGAAACGUUUCGCUACGUCACAAAGAAUGAUAAACCACGCUAGGACACAUGAACGGGGGGAUUUUCCAUGCAAGAGAUGUUCAGAUACCUUCCCUUCAUACGCCUCUCUGUACGCCCACAACGCUAAAGUCCACCGAUCGAACAAAAGAUACAAAUGUCCUAUAUGCGAUGAGAAAUUUGCUUCCUACAAACAUAGACUUAAACAUUUAAAUACAAUUCACGGAGAAAAGACUGCGGUCUUUCCCUGUCCGUCGUGUCCUAAAGUUUUUGAUCUGUGCAGCCGAAGAACAGCCCAUAUACGGUUUCAACAUCUGCAAGAAAGGAACCAUAUUUGUUCUAUCUGUGGGAUGAAAUUCUUUACGAAUUACGAGCUGCAGGAACAUUCUAUAAAGCAUGGUGACGAUCCCUCACCUGACAAGAAUAUUGCUAAAGAAAAUAAAGGUGAAACAUCGGCCCAGUUUGCAGAAAGAACGAAAAAUUUUACAGACGACGAUAUUAAAGCUAGGAAACGCCACGCGAUUUUACUUUUAGAAUCUUCUAACAUCUGCCCAUUUAGGUGGAUGAAAAAUCUAUACAUUUGCUUUUACUGUGACCAGCAAUUCUCAGAUCCUAUAAAGCUCAGGCGCCAUAACUUAGAACAUUCCUUACUGAAAAGCUAUCAAAUAAAACACGCGAUGUCAAAAUUGAGGAAAUACGAAUUAGUGAAGAUAGACGUAACUGAUGUCAGCUGUAAGCUGUGUGAAGAUCAAAUUCUUGAUUUCAAUUCUUUAAAGUGGCAUUUACUGGAAAAGCACAAUAAGCAGUUAGACCCUAAAUCUGCCGAUGGAGUGUUGCCAUUCAAAGUAACUACAGACGAUUUCCAAUGCGUGUUGUGUAUAGAAAAAUACUCGGAAUUUAAAUUGUUAAAUCAACAUAUGAAUGUACAUUUUCAAAACUUUAUAUGCGAGCAAUGCGGUACUGGGUUUGUUACGCCCGAACGGUUAAGAACUCACGCAUUCUCACACGAGACGGGCUCGUUUCCUUGUGAUAGCUGCGAUAAAGUGUUUCGUUCUACUAACGCGAAGAAUGAACAUUUUGCAACAGUGCACAUGAAAGUAAAACGCCAUAGAUGCCCUCAAUGUCCCGAAACGUUUAGAAACUAUUUUCAAAGAAAUAAACACAUUUCUUCCGUCCACGGUGUAAAGUUAAAAGAAUUUAAAUGCACCAUGUGCCCGAAAGUGUUCACAUUGAGUGGAAAACUCGGUGUACAUGUCAGGACAGUGCACCUGAAAAUGAAGAGGCAUGCCUGCGAAGUCUGCGAGUGGAAGUUUUAUUCAAAGUCCGAGUUGAAGGAGCACAUGAUAAGACACAGUGGGGAAAGAAAGUUUCAAUGCAGCGUUUGCAAGAAAGCGUAUGCGAGGAAGCAUACAUUGAGAGAGCAUAUGAGGAUACAUGAAAAUGAUAGACGUUUCAUAUGUGCUACUUGCGGCACUUCGUUUGUACAGAAAUGUAGCCUAAAACAUCAUACUAAGAUCCACCAUUCCAACUCAGGGCAAAGAUCCGUCUCGCCCAUACGUGACUCCAAGCGAAGAAUCGUGCCGUUAUUCCAAGUGUCUUACGACAGAAGCCUGUGUAAACCAUUGGGCACCUUAGUGAACUUCAGUGCACUCAAAAAGACUAUGACUAGACGUCAUACUCCAUCACGAAGUCCUUCACCUGUAAAUAUAUCAAGAUCACCAUCCCCGUUCAUUGAGAGACCAGAAUUAGUUGAAAUUAUCCAUCAAAAAGCUAAAAAAAAUCCGGAUAUAAGACAGAACGCUCUAGCUGUGUUCGAAUAUUCUACGGUAUAUCCGUUUGUGUAUGGGAAUAAUAAAUUCAAAUGUUUUGUUUGCUCGCAACCCUUUUUAGACCUACACUUGCUCAAGGAACAUAUGCGUGAAACACAUAAUUUUGCUCCGCUUAAAAGAUUAGUUAAUAACAGAAGGGAAAACGUUUUAAAAGUGGAUGUCAGUGAUAUUACCUGUAAAAUAUGUUCGGCAAAACCAUCCGACUUGGUCCAGUUAAAACACCAUCUCAAAGAAGUUCACGACAAACCAAUAAACUUAGAUCUUCAAGACAAUUUAAUACCAUUCAAAUUGGAAUUAGACAAUGGAUCUUAUAGGUGUGUCAUUUGCCAGGAAAUUUUUAUCAAAGUAAGAAUAUUGGUCAUCCAUAUGAGUAUACACUUUAAUAAUUAUAGUUGCGAAGUUUGCGGUUCUGCAUUUAUGACAUUGCGGCUUUUGAAAAAGCAUUUAGAAGUCCAUGAAGCCGGCAACUACCCGUGUGACCGUUGUAACAAAGUUUUCAGCACUCCUUACAAAAGGACGUUGCAUAUCCGAGGCGUGCAUCUUAAGCAGUUCCCAAGAAGAUGUCCGAUAUGUCCAGAAAGGUUCAACUCAAAUUACAAAAGGACAAUUCAUUUGCAAGAUGUCCACAACCAAUCUACGAGAGUGCACAAGUGUGAGACUUGUGGGCGUGGUUUUAACUUGAAAUACCAUUUGAUCUGUCAUACCAGGUCUGUUCAUUUACAGGAGAGAAAUCAACAGUGCGAGGUUUGUCAGCAAAGGUUUUGUAAUAAGGAAUCUUUGAAGCGUCAUAUGGUAAUACAUACUGGUGAAAAGAAUCAUAAGUGUGAAGUCUGCGGGAUGGCAUUUUUGAGGAGGAAAAACUUGAAGGAUCAUUUGCGUUUGCAUGAUAUAGAUUAA